AUGGCCGCCACCACAUCCACCCCAUCCCGCCGCGCGAAACAUCCACUCCAAACUAUCCCCUCUCUAACCAUACUCUCCAACCCAUCCACCCCAAACCACCGCGCGAAACACUCACACCAAAGCUUCACCUCGACGACCAUGUCCUCCAACCCAUCCACAACAAAGCACCGCGCCAGACUCCUCCAAGACGAAAUUUCCCCAACAAUCAAGCCCUCCGCCCCAUCCACAACAACCCAUCAAUCCACUCCCCUCCACCCCGCCAUCCCCUCUACAACCAAGUCCUCCGCCGCACCCACCCCCAACCACCGUACCGAAUUCCUCGGCGACAUCCGCCGCAACUGGACCACCUCCCACCUCUCCCGCAUCCUCCCUCCCCACCUCACCCCCACCACUCCAACAACCACCUGGCGCGCCCCCCUCCUCUCGCAAAACGACAUCUCCCACAUCGCCCUCCUGUACCGCAUCGACCACGGCGCCUACUCGACCCCCUUCAACCCGAUACCCGUUCUGAAGUACACGCUGCACGCGGACGGCGUCGUCGUGCGGAACCCGACGAAUCGGCCGCCGCCGCCGGGGUGGGCGAGCGCGGUGCUCGACGUCACGGCGGAUGAGAUAUUGGUGGAGCGGUUGGAGAGGGGGGACGAGAGGAGGGAACUCGGGCCGGAGGAGUGGAGUGGAAGUUUUGUGAGGGCGUUGAGCGAGUUGAGCGAGAAGACGAGGGGACGGAAGGAGGAUGCGUGGGCGGUUCUGCAACAAGCGCUGGUGGAGAGGAAGGGGAAGGAAGUGAGGACGGGAGAUGUGAGGAGGGCGGUUGAUCUCGUUGGGGGAUGGGAGGGGAAGGGAUGGGAGGGGAAGAAGUGA